AUCAUCUUCUCCACUCCUCUCUCUGUAUGCAUAUCCCCACCCUCCUCUCUCUCUCUCUCUCUAAAUUUCGAAUUUGUAAGAAGAAAGGAUGAGCAGUAGUUGCAUUGACAUGGCUGAGAGCUCCGCGAAUUCGACCGAGCAACUGGCCGGGAUUGUAAUUGACAGUGAUGAUGCCUCCAAAAGCCCCCCACCAGACGAUGGGGCCUCUGGGUUACAGCGAAUGGGAAGCGGAAUGAGCACGGUGGUUGACUGCGAGGCUGGCUUGGGCUGCAUCGUUGAGGCGGAGUCCCGCAAGCUGCCUUCGUCACGGUACAAGGGGGUGGUGCCGCAGCCUAAUGGGCGGUGGGGGGCUCAGAUCUAUGAGAAGCACCAGCGUGUGUGGCUUGGCACCUUCAAUGAGGAGGCUGAGGCCGCCCGCGCCUAUGACACUGCCGCCCUCAAGUUCCGCGGCCGUGAUGCUGUCACCAACUUCAAAAGCCCCCGCACCUCAAACCACAGCCAUGGCAAUAUCGGCGAUGAUGAAGAGGCGGAGGCGCUGUUCUUGGCCACCCACUCCAAGGGUGAGAUAGUGGACAUGCUGCGGAAGCACACUUACCACGACGAGCUCCGUCAGAGCAAACGCUACUGCCGAGCAAUGCCAGUGUCGCGCGCCUCAGCCACCAUGCCGGCAGAGGGGAGGGCAGUAGCGGCCGCGAGGGAGCAGCUGUUUGAGAAGGCGGUGACACCGAGCGAUGUCGGGAAGCUCAAUCGUCUCGUCAUCCCAAAGCAACACGCCGAACGCCACUUCCCGCUUGACAUUGCAUCAUCUGCUGCUGGUGGCGCUGGGUGCAAGGGGGUGUUGCUCAGCUUCGAGGACAGCACCGGGAAGGUGUGGAGGUUUCGCUACUCGUACUGGAACAGCAGCCAGAGCUACGUCCUCACAAAGGGAUGGAGCCGCUUCGUCAAAGAGAAGGGGCUGAAGGCGGGCGAUAUGGUGCGGUUCGAGCGCGGGGUGGGGGGCGAGCAGCAGUUGUACAUAGAUUGGAGGCCAAGACCGGCAGCAGCACCACUUUUGCCACCACAAUUUAUAGUGUGGCAGCCAGCAGCUGCCGCACCAUCCCCCCUCGCCGCUGUGGUGCAUCAACCGAACGUGGUGCGGCUGUUCGGCGUGAACCUCAUGACCCCGCCGGUGGCGGCACCACCACAACAGGUGGGGUUUUGUCUGAUGAAGAGGGGGAGGGAAAUGGAGUUCUUCACCUGUGAUGCUAAGAAGCAAUGCAUAGGCACCUUGUAGGCACCUCUUCUGAUACCCUCUGGACUUUCCUCCUUGGCACACUCACUCUCUCUAGAUUUUACACUCUUUCUCUCUCUAUGUUUCCAUUUGCUCGAUGUGGAGUCGUAGGAACCCACCAGACACGAAGUGCUCGGUGUUUUCCCCCACUUGUAGAGAGAGAAACACCCACUUCUAGAGAGCGAAAGAGAGAAGUGGUGGUGCUGCCAAACCACUUGUAGAGAGAGAAUGUAUAUAUGUUUACAGUGAUGAAAUUUUGUUGUUUGGCGUUAGAGAGAGAAGAAGUCCUACAGGUUUAUUUUGAUUCACAUUUCCCAAAAAGGAACGGAUAGGUGCCCCCAAAGCGUGGGGUACCAGACCCAUUUUUGAGGCAUAGAGGGGGUUCUGUGAAAUGAUGCACCAAGUGUUCUGUACUUCUUUGUAACCAGUGUUACACCAUAAUGGAUUCUCUUCAAAUUUAA